AUGGAUACUUCUAACAGCAGAGUCCUUGCAUUGAAUACUCUAGAAGAACCAGGCAUCCUUACCGGUGGUUGUGCUUACAUAUUUUAUAGGACGUGUGUCGAGAAGGACCUUCCAAAUUUAGCAUCAGAAGAGGCAAUAUGUCCUAUAUUCAGUUGUCACAAAAACAUUGAAGCCAUACUAAUGCUAGAAUUAACUAAAUCGACUCAGCAAAGUGAGGAUACUAUAGAGGGCUUAGAUGACAAUGAAUUAAUCUCUGAUGUGCCUGAUAUUGCAGAUAAAUAUUUGGAGGUAGAGCAAGUCCAGAUAACAAAUCAAACUAGCGUGGAUAAAGGAAAAAUCACAGCUGGAAAUCAAACCGGUGAUCAAAAAGAGAUCAUUAUGUCAAUUGGAUCUGUUAGAGAUAGUACCACUGAAAAAACCACCUUUUCACUUAAUCGUAACAGUAUUUCUGAAACAUCUACAAGGCCUAAUGUGGAUGAAGGAUCCGAACUAUACAAAAUAUCUCGCAACAUCAUGUUAAUAUCCAUCCCUUCGAACAAUGAACCAUUAUCACAUCUUAAUCUAUUCAAUUGGAAUAAAUCUCCCGUUGAUAACGUGCUUUCAAAAUAUAGUAAGAAUAGGAAUGAUUAUGUUUGGCUUUCAAAUCGCGUCGGUUGCCAAACACAUGGAGAUUCAUGUCCCUGUGCACUUACAAGAACAAAGAGUAUCGAAACUGUACUUGCCAUUUUGGACAAUGAUGAAACGAAAGUCACCAAAUUUGUUAACUAUCAUUUUCCUAAUCUCAACUAUGAACUGAAAAACAAGUUAAUAUCAUUGGUAUUCGCGAAAUUUGUUAAUGGCGAGAAACAAUACACCCACCUUGAUUAUUCUGCUGGUGGUUUUAUUGAAGCCACGCUAAUCCAAAUCAUUGGACAUGAGACUCAAGACGGUCGCAUUGAGGCAGCCGUAGGACUUAUUACAUAUAAAAUACAAAUAUGUCACGAUCAUCAUUUUUUGGAAGAGUACUAUCAAGCGAACGAAAAGCGUAUUAUAGAUGCGCUCAAGUACUUAUUUUACGAAGACGUAAGCCCAAAGAUUGGGGUAAUUCGCAAUCGUCAAAUUGAGCUAUAA